CCAGGAAGGAAGGAGGGGGAAGGUAGUUCUUGGAUUUCUUCUAGGCAGGGUUCUUAAAAGGAGUCAUUAUCUCACAAGUGUAGUUCUACCUCUCUAGAGGCAACAGAAGGAGGCAGCUCCUGCCUGGGCCAUGGCCAAGGUCAAGGCAGCUCAGGUCUUCCUCACGUUCGAGGAUGUGGCCGUCACUUUCUCUCAGGAAGAGUGGGAGAUGUUGGCUGCCUGGCAACAGCAGCUGUACUGGGAUGUGAUGAAAGACAACUACGAGACCUUGAGCUCUUUGAGCCCUGCAGGCAGGUUGGGAACCCUGCCGGAGCUAUUCACUACGUUGGGACAGGCCUUUGAAACCUGGGAAGAUCAGCAGAACUUGUUGAGAAGAGGUAACUCGGAAAGCUCAUACUUGGGUGUUGGGGUCAGGAAGCCUCCUAGGAAAGAAAAUCCUAGGAAACAGCAAUUAAGUGGGGAUUUCCCAGGAGAACAAGGUGAAACAAGUUCUCAGCCCCCCAGCCACAAGUCUCAAGAAACAAAUCUCCUGUCCUCUGGACAGAUGGACAAUUUGAUGAGGACUGAGCCCAGUGGCAACAAGAGAGGUAAUGGAGUCUUGCAUAGCCUUUCUCCAGGUGAGAGAGCUCUCAUGGAGAAGAUACAAAACCAGGAAUUAGCUUCUGAGAAUGAGCUUUCCCUGAAACCUCACCAUUGUCCUGAAUGUGGAAAACACUUCAAGAGGCGUCAUGAGCUUAAGGUGCACAAACGUGUUCACACAAAGGAACGGCCUUUCCCCUGCCCCGAAUGUGGGAAGUGCUUCCGGCAGAAGUCAGCCCUGAUGACCCACCAGUGGGUGCAUAGCAAGGAGCGUCCCUUCCCCUGCCCUGAGUGUGGGCGCUGUUUUGCCCAGAAGCAGUACCUGAGGAAACACCAGUGGGUGCAUAGAAAUGAGCGCCCCUUUCCCUGCCCAGAAUGUGGGCGCUGCUUUACCCAGAAACAAUACCUCAAGAAGCACCAGCAUUUGCACAGUGGGGAGCGCCCCUUUGCCUGCUCAGAGUGUGGGCGCUCCUUCUCCCAAAAGCAGGACCUCAAGAAACACCAACAUGUACACAGUGGGGAGCGCCCCUUUCCUUGCCCUGAGUGUGGGCGCCAGUUUGCCCAAAAGCAGGAUCUUAAAAGGCACCAACGUGUGCAUAGUGGUGAGCGGCCAUUCCCUUGUUCUGAAUGUGGGCAUCAUUUUUCCCAAAAGCAAGACUUGAAGAAGCACCAGCGUGUGCACACUGGUGAGCACCCCUUCCUCUGCCCUCAGUGUGGGCAUCACUUUGCCCAAAAACAGGGCUUGAAGAAGCACCUGCGUGUGCACCAGCGUGUACCAGGUAGUAAACGGCCCAUCCCCUGCCCCGAGUGUGGGCGUCCCUUCACUCGGAUGCAUGACCUAAAGAAGCACCAAAGAAACAUUCACAGCAGUGAACAUUUUUUUGCUUGCCCUGGCUGGGAUCAGCAGUUCAGCAACAUGGCAAAUAAUUCCAUCAGCUUGGAGCUGAUCAAGCUUGGACCGCUAGACUGGUGAGCACAGGUCUUCCUUUGAUGCCCUUUACAAGACUGCCUUCAAGGAGUACUCCAUGCCAGGGAACCCUCCUGGUCCUCUUUACUGAUCCAUAUUUAUCUAUCAUCUGGCUUAGUCUCUAAGGGCUCAGCUAGAUGAUGAGAUUGGUAAAGGAUAUUGUCAUACUGGAGCAUGUUCAGCAGAGGAUGACCAGGACAGUAUGGGAAGUGGUCAUCUUACCAUAUAAUAAGAGGAUCAGUCAAAUUAACAUGGGUGUUUAGCCUGAAGAAGAGAAGAUUUAAGGGGACCUAAGAGCUACUGUCAAGUAUUUCAAGUGCUACUAUGUAGAAGAGAGUUUGGGUUUGCUUGGCUUGGCACCAGAGGACAAAGCUAGGAGCAGUCAUUUGUAGGGAAGCAGAUCAGGUUCAAUGUAAAGCAAGAGCUUCCUAUUAGUGCUUUCCCAAAGUGGAUUGGGCUGUCUCAGGAGAUAAUAGUUAACCCCAUUUGGGGAGGUCUUCAGGCAGAAUCUUGAUUACUGGUACAGGAUGCUAUAGAGGGGCUUCCUUUUGGGGUUGAACCAGGGGUCUUCUCAUCUAACUUUCAAAUUUGAGAUUCUGCGAUUCUGUUUAUUUUUCCACCUAAGGUCUUAUAGACUGAUGAUGGUUUAAUUAAAUAAU